CAUAUUUGGUACAUCUACUCUUCCAAUAAUAACCAUUUCUUUAUGCCAUAUAUAAGAAGAACCUUAUUGCCACAUUUCUCACAAUCCAACUCAAAACUUUCCUCUCUUCUCUCUAGCCAUAUUAUAUAAUCAGCACUUUAAUAGCCAUGUCACCAACAAAUUGGUCAAUUUUGGUGUUUUUAUGCUGUGCCAUUUCAUUUACAUUGGCUUCUGAUCCUGACACACUUCAAGACCUUUGUGUAGCUCUUCCCUCUUCAGGUGUUAAGGUUAACGGAUUUGCAUGCAAGGCAGAGGCAAAUGUAACAGCGGCUGAUUUCUUUUUCGAUGGUUUAGCGAGUCCUAAAGCUAUCAACAACACCGUAGGAUCCUUGGUAACUCCAGCCAAUGUUGACAAAGUUCCAGGGCUUAACACAUUAGGAUUGUCUUUAUCAAGAAUAGACUACAAACCUAAAGGACUUAACCCACCACACACGCACCCUCGUGCCACCGAGAUUGUUUUUGUGUUAGAAGGUGAAUUAGAUGUUGGUUUUAUCACUACAUCAGACAAACUCAUUUCUAAGUCCAUCAAAAAGGGUGAAGUCUUUGUCUUUCCAAAAGGUUUGGUGCAUUAUCAGAAGAACAAUGGAGAUAAAGCUGCUUCUGUGAUUUCUGCUUUUAACAGUCAACUUCCUGGUACUUUUUCAAUUGCUUCAGCUUUGUUUGGAUCAACACCAACUGUUCCUAAUGAUGUUCUUGCUCAGGCCUUUCAGAUUGAUACUAAACAGGUUGAUGAAAUUAAGACCAAACUUACUCCUAAGAAGACUUAAUAUGUAUGAUAUUCAAGAGAGGAAUUCAUAUUAUGUUUGGAAUAAUAGUUGUUGAUGAGUUUUGAUUAUAUGGUGUUACAUUUUGCUGCUUAAUAUGGAAUUGAGUAUAACAUAAUUGUAUCGAGAUUGUGUAGAGUAAGUGUUGAUAAUAAUGCAAAUUCUUUGAAUGUGUCAAA